AUGACAUAUAGUAGCUACCGUAUUGGAAAUUGUACUGAAAGUGAAAUUGCAUGCAAUGAUGAUCGAUGUCUGGACUCAAAGUUAAAAUGCGAUGACAUUGAGCACUGUCCUGAUGGCAGCGAUGAAAAAUAUUGUGCAGAAUUCGACAAUAUUUGUCAAGUUAUUCUUAGAACUACUGCACAGGAAUUCACAUUUAAUAAAGUAGUCAGCGAACUUAUUGCCGAGGAAUCGCGAAUUCGACUAAAAGAUGAGGACGAUAAAAUUAUCGGCAGGGCUAACUUUGUAAAGAAACCGGAUGAUGAAAUUGUAAUUCCUAAGAAUUACAAACAGGUUCUUAAAUCUAAGCAAAAGGACCAGUGGUUAGAUUCAAUGAGGGAUGAAUUAGAGCUCAACCAGAAGUAUAAGUUCAACCUCUUGAGAUUUCCAACGGACGAACGUCGUCGGCGGGAUAUCGAACAUCACCUGAAUCAGCUGAAGAAGGACAUCAUCAAGGAAGUCGUCAACACUCGAACAGGAACGAGAGUUAAGAAACAGAAAAAGUCUCGCUGGACAGAAGAGAAAGAGGCUUUUCAAGCUGCAAAAGCCGAAAGAGAAGCACGAGAAGCAGCUGAAGCGGAAGAGCGCGAAAGAGCGGCAGAGGAAAAAAAGAGGGAUGCUGCACAGAAACGAGCGGAAGCUAGGGAGAAAUAUCUGAAGGCCAAUAAAGAAUGGAAGGAGGCAAGGCGAAAAAGACUGGAGAUGGUGGAGGAGCAGAAGAAAGCUGAGGAGAAAAGGCUAGCAAAAGAAAGGGAGCGUCAAGAGGAAAAGAAGCAAAAGGAGAGGCAGAAGGAGAAGGAAAAGUUGGAAACCUGGAGAAAGCAACAAGAAGAAGCCAAGGGACAAGAACUGGGAAAAAAGCAAGAAAACGAAAGUGCGAAAAAAGACGAAGAGAAAAGAAGAAUCCAACAGCAGAAGAAAAAGGGGGCAAUAGAAGCAUGGAAGCAAGAAAAGGCCGCUUUAAAGAAAAGAGAAGAGAAGAAACGUGAUGACGAAGAAGCACGGAAGAAACAGGAAAAAGAAAGGAGGGAAAGACAAAAGAAAAAGGAAGCAGUGGAGGCAUGGAAGCGGAAAAGAGCAGAGGAAAUGAAGAAAGAAAUGGAGAAUCGAGCGAGAAAGGAUAAGAAAUGGGGCGGAUCAAAAACAUCCCACCAACGUCAAAAGCCGAGCGAAAAAGGAAAGGAUGUUAAGGAGAAGAAAGUACGUGACGAUUCAUCUGUUUCAUCUUCGAAAGAAUCAGUGCCUGAAGUUUUGGAAGAGAGUUUAGACGAUGGAAAGUCCAAAAAGAGUCCUUCAACUUCAGAUAGCGCGGACCAGGGCGCAUUUGAAGAUGUUCUUCAGGAGUUUGAAGAAAGCAAUGAUGAACCUCUUGCUGGAUCAGAUGAUGACGAUAUUUCCUCUGACGAGAGUGAUCCUGGGGAGAAGGACGUUGAUGUACGUGGUGAAAAUUCCACACAAGAAGAAGAUUCUAAUGUAGAUGAUAUAGAUGAAAGCAUCCAGGAUUCUACAGACGAAGUUGAAGAGCUGAGCGACGAUUUUGAUGACGAAAACGAAGAUAGCCAAUCACAGAAGUCAACCAAUUAA